CAAUCCCUUCAAACCCUCACUACCAAAAAUGGAACUAAACAAACACCAUGACAUUGAACAUCCUCCUUCUCAUCAUCAUCAUCAACAACAGCAGCAGCAGCAACAACAACAACAACAACAACAACAACAACAAACACACUUGCCAAGAAUCAUCCUAAGCUUCACUCUCCUCUUCCUCGGAGCUGGCGGCCCAUUCCUCCUCCGUGUCUACUUCAUCUAUGGUGGUAGCCGGAAAUGGUUCUCAAGCUGGCUCCAAAUGGGAGGUUGGCCUGUGCUUCUCCUUCCUCUUUCCGUCUCAUAUCUCCGGCAAUACAAACAAACAAAAAAGGUCUCAUUUUGCAUGAGUUCUAAGCUCACUUUGGCUUGCUCUCUUCUUGGCCUCUUCUUUGGCCUUGACUGCUAUUUGUUCAGCUUCUCCUCCGCCUACCUCCCUGUCUCUACUGCUUCCAUCCUCUUCUCCACUGAACUCGCCUUCACUGCUUUCUUCUCCUUCUUUAUUGUCCGUCAAAGAUUUACUGCAUGCUUAGUGAACGCUAUUGUGCUUCUGAUGAUGGGAUCUGUGGUGCUUGGGCUGAGAGCCGACGGUGACAAGCCGAAAGGAGAAAGCAACGGUGAAUACUGGACGGGGUUUGUGAUGACAAUGGGUUCAUCGGCAUUGUAUGGGUUGAUGAUGCCAUUGACACAAUUGGCGUAUGAGAAGAGUAAGCAAAAGAUGAGCUUUGAUUUACUCUUGGAGGUCUCUCUAGUCACUGCUUUCUCUGGUGCUGUUUUUUGUCUUGUUGGAAUGCUCAUCAAUAAUGAUUUCCAGGCAAUUCCAAAGGAAGCAAGAGAGUUUGGGCUGGGAGAAACAAAGUACUACAUGCUGAUAGUAUGUGAUGCAAUACUAUGGCAGGUCUGCAAUAUUGGAUUACAUGGUUUACUUCUCUACGCGUCCUCAGUGCUCGCCGGAAUCGGCGAUGCUCUGCUAGUUCCAGUGGUGCAAGCCUUGGCCGUAAUCCUGCUGGACGAGAAGUUCAGCGAGUUGAAGUGCCUCGCCCUUGCUCUAACCAUCUGGGGUUUCGCUUCGUAUCUUUACGGAGAGUAUCAACAAACCAAGAAGAUCAAGAAAAUGAAAGAGAGUGUUGCACUUGAGUUACCUGGUCCAUAGGCAACUCAUGUAUGCAUAUGUCUUUGUUCUCCAAAAUGUAAUGGCAUAUACAUGUCCAAAUUCAUCUAAAUCAUUGAUCUUGAACAGACCAAUAUUAUCACAUUCUCUGAAUUGGCUCUAAACAAGAAAUAAUUAAGUGAACUAUGAAUCAACAUUUUACUA